UCGGUGCUGAUUUGCAGAGAGUGCGAGAGGUAGUGGAAAAGCAGCCCCGGACUCCUGCUAACAGAGACUCGGGGAAAGCAGCGGAGCCGCUGGCAGCAUGAGACACGAAGCACCGGUGCAGAUGGCUGCUACACAAGAUGGAAAGUUUGGCCAGAAGGAAAGCUCUGACCAGAACUUUGACUACAUGUUCAAGCUACUGAUCAUUGGUAACAGCAGUGUGGGGAAGACCAGCUUCCUGUUCCGCUAUGCCGACGACUCCUUCACUUCUGCCUUCGUCAGCACCGUGGGCAUUGACUUCAAAGUGAAAACCGUCUACAAGAACGACAAGAGGAUCAAACUACAGAUCUGGGACACAGCAGGGCAGGAGCGGUAUCGAACCAUCACUACAGCGUACUACAGAGGGGCCAUGGGCUUCAUCCUGAUGUAUGACAUCACCAACGAGGAGUCAUUCGGGGCUGUUCAGGACUGGUCAACCCAGAUUAAGACGUACUCCUGGGACAAUGCGCAGGUCAUCCUGGCGGGGAACAAGUGUGACAUGGAAGAGGAGAGGGUCGUGUCUGCUGAGAGCGGGCGGAUGCUGGCGGAGCAGCUAGGGUUCGAGUUCUUCGAGACUAGCGCCAAGGAGAAUGUGAAUGUCAAACAGACCUUCGAGCGGCUGGUGGACAUCAUCUGCGACAAGAUGUCAGAGAGCCUGGAGACUGACCCCGCCGUCACCACGGCAACACCCAAUGCCAGGCUCACAGACAACCCCCCGCCCCUACAGCAACCCAGCUGUGGCUGCUAGUGCAAAACCACCCUCCACUCCUGCCCCCCUGUGGGCUCUGCCCACAAUUUGUUGCCAAGAUACCUGACACCAUAGGUAUAGUCUUUUGAAAGCAUCAAUGCCAUAUCUAAUAGGUUCACAGUUAAUGGUGUGAUGUGCUUGACAUUUUUUUGGAUUAUUUUUUUCCAUUGUAAGUGUCCAUGUUGGAACUCCAGUCAUAGACACUUUGUGUGUAAGAUAGGGGCUUUGGCUUACUGUAGAGAUCUGUGUUAUGAAGUUCGUACUGCCAGAACGUCUUAGAGACCAACAUAAAAAAGCCUUAUUUUUUCCAGCUCUGACAUUUUUGGUGAGUUUGUGGAUUAAAAGAACUGAAGUGCAUUUGAUGACGUGAUUCAUGUUUCACUCAGGUGUAACACUACCAGCUUACCUGGAGCAGACACACACACACACCAUCAUACAAACACAUGAGAGAGUGUGUGUAUGCAUGUACCUGUGUGUGUAUGUGUGUGUGUGGGUUGUUAGGGCUGGGAACAGUGUUCACAUCUGUAUGUGAAUUAGGGCCAUGUUGGGGAGGGUAUAUGUGCAUGUGUGCGUGUGUGUUUUCUGAAAUGCGCUGGAGAAAAUUGAGUAUAAAAUAUCCUGUCUUAGAGGUCUUUGUUCUGUGUGUGUGA